AUGACGACCCGCGCCCCACCCAUCUCCUCGGUCCCCGACCGCGUACUCUCCCCACGCUCCGCCGCGGCCGACGCCCGGCGCGCGGCCCGCCGGGAACAGCUGCGCGACUUCUACGGCCUCAAAGGCCCCAGUCCAACAUCCACCACGCCCGAGCGCACCCGCUCUGGAGGCGGCACUCCGCGCGGCUCGGGCGCGACAUCGCCGGAUCCAAGGGCGGAACGCCGCGACCUGUCUUCGCCUUAUUUCGUUCCGGCUGAAUACUACGAGGACCUUAUCAGCCGGGCCGGGUUGCCGGAGUUGUUGAAGACGACCUCUACGUUGGCGACGGACAUCGGCCGCCUCCACUCAUCACGGCACACACUCGUGUACAACCACCACCACCAGCUUUUUAGCGCCGGCGACACAAUCAGCGUGCUGAACACGCGCACGCCGCAGCUCCUCAGCAUUGUCACCGACUUGCAGGAGCGAUUUAGCGAGAUGUCCCAACUCGCAGAUAGCGUGGCACUCCCCGACCCCUCGGCGGUCGAUGACGCGGUGCGCGCGCGCGCCGUAGCCAAGCAGGGGCUGGAUCGCAUACGCCUCAUGCUCGUUGCGGAAGAGUCGCCCGACGCCAUCCGCCAGGCGUGGGAGAAGGUCGAGGCGACACUCCGGGGGCAUGAGUGUGAGGGCCUCGACAAGCUGCUCCAAGAGGGGCGAGAGAUGACUGGCAUAGACGACGAAUGA